UUGGCGGGCAAGGACGAGUGAUGUGGUCAGACUAAUUGUCUGUGUCGUUGAGGACAAGAAGUUUUGUUUGACAGUUGAUCAGGGUAUAAAUACCGGGACCUAUCCUUACAAGACUAUACCAUUUCUGAGAACACACGUCUGGUUUACUUGAUAAAGCGAUUUGCCUAGAGACUUCGACUUCGACUUCGAGAUUUUUGACUGAUUAAGAUCAACACUUUGGCUGCCCGGACGCACUCGAAAACUUCACUCACAUCUUGCAUUAUCCGAAAGCAUCUCUGCUCUGCAAGUAACUAUUCAGAGUUGAGUUUUAUUUUCAAGUAGGGCACUAUCCAUUCUCGGAAGAUGUGGUGGAUGCUGUUCCCCCACUGGAUCAGGUUCCUGUCUCUACUCAGCGCGGUACUGCACAUGGGUGAGCGCGUGCUGGCCAUGACUUUGCCAAGAGCCACGUACUCGCACGCGGGCAUCUGUCCCAACGACAUGAACCCCAACCUCUGGGUGGAUGCCAUGAGCACCUGCACGAGAGAAUGCGACUCUGACCAGGAGUGCGAGACCUUUGAGAAGUGCUGCUCCAACGUGUGCGGCAACCGCAGCUGCGUGGCGGCGCGCUACAUGCGUGAGGGCUCCGUGGGCCCCGUGGGCAUGCCGCGGGAGGCCACGUGCGACAAGUUCAUGUGCGCGCAGCAGGGCUCACAGUGCGACGUGUGGGACGGACAGCCCGUCUGCAAGUGCAAGGACCGCUGCGAGAAAACUCCAAACUUCACCUGCGCCUCUGAUGGAAUGACAUACUACAACAGGUGCUACAUGGAUGCCGAGGCCUGCUCCAAGGGCAUCUCCCUCUCCGUCGUCACCUGCCGCUUCACCUGGCCAAACACCAGCCCCCUGCCUGCGGGUACCACCACGCGGCCCACCACGCCUGUCCAGCAGCCCCUCACCACACCUGUAGACCUGCACGCACCCGUCCUCGUCGGCACACCUGCCCACCAGUCCGUUUUCGUCGGCGAGACGGCCAGCUUCCUGUGUGAGGUCGGGGGUCGCCCGCGCCCGGAGGUCACAUGGGAGAAGCAGGUUGACGGUCCCGGGCCCGAUGGCACCGGCGAGGGGAAGAACGUGGUGAUGCGGCCCAACCACGUCAGGGGAAAUGUGGUGGUCACCAACAUUGGACAGCUGGUGGUGUACAACGCCCAGCUGCAAGACGCCGGCAUCUACACCUGCACGGCAACAAACACGGCAGGCUCACUGCAGGCGCACUACCCGCUCUCCGUGCUACCGCCCGAGCCCGUCAAGAAGGAGGAGCAGGCCAACGCCACGCGCUUCCCCGUGGAGGAGUGCAUGAAGCUGCCUGACAUGGACGACUGCGCUGGUGCCGGUGCCGGUGGUGGCAGCAUGGGCAGCAUGGAGAUGUCAGAGACCGCCAGGGUGAGCUGGUACUACGAGGCCAAAAGAAACAACUGCUUCACCUUCACCCACUGUCCCAAAGGCCCGAACCCCAGCCCCAAACAGCACCUGAAUCGCUUCGACACGUAUGAGUCGUGCAUGCUGUCGUGCCGCCCGGAGCUGGGCGCAGCGUGCACCCUGCCCAGCCUGCAGGGCCCUUGCAAGGCGUACGAGCCACGCUGGGCGUACAGCGCCGCCAUGGGCACCUGCCAGUCCUUCGUCUACGGUGGCUGCGGCGGCAACGACAACAACUUCGAGACCAAGGAGGCGUGCGAGGACGCCUGCCCGUUCCCCAAGAGCCACCAGCGCUGCCGGCCCUGCAAGCCGCGACACCGCAUGGUCACCAGCUUCUGCCGCGCCGACUUUGUGGUGCUGGGCCGCGUGUCAGAGAUGACGGAGGAGUCCGACUCGGGCCAGGCGCUGAUCACCGUGGAGGAGAUCCUGAAGGACGAGAAGAUGGGGCUGAGGUUCUUCGGCAAAGAGCCGCUGGAGGUGACGCUGCGGAGCAUGGACUGGUCGUGCCCGUGCCCCAACGUGACGGCGGCGGACGGGCAGGUGAUCAUCAUGGGGGAAGUGAGCGAAGGCAUGGCCAUCCUGCAGCCGGACAGCUUCGUUAGCGUGUCCAGCGUGCGCCGUGUAAGGAAGCUCAGGGAGGUUAUCAACAAGAACACAUGUGACAUACUGAAAGAGUUCAUACAGUGAGGUGUACACACACACAGACAUACACAUGCACACACACACAUCAACAAGAACACAAUAACAUCGAGAGAAACUCACGCAAUAUAAUGCACACACAUGUUAAAAGCUGUACAGAUGUAUUUUUCUUUUGUUUAUAUACAUAUCCCAUAUCUUAUGAAUACUCAGUUCAUACUCAGUACAUGCUCAGUGACGUUCAUUGAAAGCUAAAUACAUUUUUAAAGAAAAAAUAAUAAUUUAAUUUAAAAUUUAGAAACACAUAUUUGUGUAUAUUAACCCUUUUCCCACUGCAAGAUCUCUUUUUUAAAAGAAAAAUAAUCCCUCCGAUUGUUUGUUUCCACAAAACCUCUGAGCAAUGUGACAGGUCAGGACCUCCUAGUGUCUCCUUAUGUAAAAGGCAUGAUCACAGGAUGUGUGUUUAAGUGUCCUUCGUGCUAGAACAGAAGGAGGGCAGGCGCUGAGCAUAGGCAGACGAGGCGGUCGCCUAGGGCACCAAAUGUCUUGGGGGGACACCAUAGUUAACGGCCUAAAGUCCUACACAGAAUUAGAACGUUAAGUAGAAUAAAAUAAAAAAAAAUACGCUUUUCAUUGACAUGGGCAUUCAAUUUGUACGUAUCUAUGUGUUUGUAGAUACCAGAUCAGCUGUGCUUAAAUCAGAUGUAUGACACUAUGUUUGCAGAUGGCAAACUACAGUACUGGUUACUACAGUAAAUGCAUGAAAUGGGAAGGGAAGGCUACUCGCCUAGGGCACCAAAGUGACUGAAAGCGGCCCUGAAUGAAAGAACAUGUUUGUGGACAUGGGAAGUAUUAAUCAAAACCAUGUGCGUGCUCCAGGCCCUGAGAGAUUUCAUCCUCACUGUUCUCAUCUCAAGCCUCAAGCCGCUUCAAACAACACACCAACCGUGCCUGCAAUUUAAAUUUCCUUUAUUUUAGAGGCUGCAUCUUUUUCAAAGAACGUUUUUUUCCCCCACUGGAACUGGAAGUGGUUGUAAAUUAGCCUUUUUUUGUUUUUGUUUGUUUUUCGUUUUUAUACCGUCUUUAUAGACAUGACGUAUCUCAGCAUUUUGGACUGUUAAAUAAAAAGUAGAGGACGACUGUUACAUUUGUAAGAUAAACUUAGCUUUUGGUGACAAACUUGCACAAGCUGUAUUAUACUGUAUUUUCAGAAAAGAAAACAACAACAAAAAAACUACCAGGAGAGAAGACGCCAGGGAGCCUUUUUCGCCCCGAAGCCGUGUGUAGAUUUGACUGUAAAUACAAAAGAAAAUUUGACAGCUUGUGGAGGCCGGUAGUUCAUUUGUUUUGCUGUAUUUAUUUGGCCUUUGCUUUACACUCUGGGAUAUUAAAAACAUAUUUAUCAUUCCUGAAGCAUAAUUAAAAGACAUAUCCUACAAACAUUUCUCAUGGCAAUGUAAACAUUAUGUACUGUUAUGUCUGUAUUUAUGUAUAUUGUCUAUGCAGAAAAACCUGCUUAUGGUGGUACAAAAUAAACAUUUGGGCCCAUCUUUAAUAAAAAAAACUGUCUGUGUUUAUACUUCUGUGUACAAUUGUCCUUACUGUCAGUCUGUCUGUCUUUCAUAUCACUUACCACCUAC